AUGCCUCCUUCCGUCCUCGACGCGCAGCGGCUAGCGCAUCACCUAUUCGAGACAAAGCUCACUUCGUCGCAUUUGCAUUCAAGAGAUGGAGUUUUAGAAGAAAAUGAGUCGGCGCCUCACCUCAGCAGGACGACAUCGUCGUUUCAGGACCCGCUCGCUCGUCGUCCGCGUUCAACUCCUCGGAGUCGCUCGGCGCUCGUCUUGUUAAUAUUAGCCUUCCCCAUUAUCAUGGCUAUAAUGCUGUUCUCCAUAUGCAAAGUCUCCCUCACCCGCAGGCAGACGUCAAGGAUGAUUCCUCGCAGGUUGGCUUACGGUGGCGAUGAUAUGGAUGACAGUGACCUUUUUUCCUUGAUGGAGGAGUGCUUGGCGAUGGAGGAGGAAGUGGGACUUGUGCCUCCAGAACCGAAUUCGUCUCCUAGCAGUGAUAUGUCCACGGGGAUCGUCGACCUGGACGCAGUGUUGUCGGCUACCGCCGCGGUCCAUGCACCGACCCCAGUGGGGCCGCAUUCAGCGUGGGAUACGGGUGCAGCAGCUCCGGAUUCCUGGGAUGACAUCCUUGCAGCAAUCAAUUCUCAGUCAGAAUCGCAGCAUCAGGAACCUUCUGAGCUUCAGCAGACGGCUUCACAAGGGGCAGCAUUUGGAGGGGAGGGUCUAAGUGGUGCGCUUUCUGCUCUGGAUCCGGAUGCCUGGGAUGACAUGCUUUCAACAAUCAAUUCUCAGCCAGAAUCGCAGCAUCUGAAACCUUCUGAGCUUCAGCAUAUGGCUUCACAAGGGGCAGCAUUUGGAGGGGAGGGUCCAAGUGGUGCGCUUUCUGCUGUGGAUCCGGAUGCCUGGGACGACAUAAUUUCACUGGCGCUCUCAACCCAAUACGAAUGA